AGGCAGUGUGCUUCCUGUUCCGGCAUUUCUUUCAGCUUCGUCGUGCGAGUUGCGCGUAGUCGAGGCAUACCGUGCCGCAUUCGUCAAAGGCCUAUGCAAAACUGCGAGCCAUGACCCCUGAUUUCACUGAAUGCAAACAGGAGCCUUGUUUCAAGAGACCUCAAAGAAACGUUCACUUGGCCCAGCUGUUCGGCGAUGAGCUGGUGUCAUUGCGCAGCCCCUUGAGCGCAACUGCAGUGGAGCUUCCACGCCGCUGCACACUGACACUCACGAGUCCCUGUGAUCUACUCGCGCGUCUUCCAGCCUUGAAUGAAGUGCUCGUCGCCAUCGCAGCCGAAGUGAAUGAAGUUGCCUUCGAGAAGGUUGCCGUCGGCUUACAAGAUACAUUUCUAAUUCAUAGGGACUGGGAUGAUGAAUUCGUUGACCAAGCGGCUUUCACUCUACACUGCCUACUGUCCUACCACCACUGCGUGGAGGUCCUGGACGUCAAGGUUCUGCAGAACAUACCACGGACUUCCACCAUUGAACCGAUGAUCUGGGAUGCACUGCAGUCCAACUCGUGGCUGACUAGCCUCCAACUAGAGGAAUGGGAGUUUUGCGAUGAGCGCACUUCAACUUUCCUCAGCGCUAUCUGCCACCUGCUGCAGAAGCAGCUGCGCCAUCUGUCGUUGAAGGAUGUCAUCCUUGAGGACGUCACACUGGCGAUGCUGGAAGCCCUGAAGAAAGCUCUCGGCGAGACUCGAACUCUCAGGACGCUUAGUGUCUACAGAGUUGGCGACUCCGACUGUGGCGACUUGAAGGAGCCGCUGCAUCCGGAUCUUUUGGUUGAGCAAGCCUUCCUUGAUGGCCUCGCUGCCAACGAAAGUGUGACUAGCUUCGCCUUUCUCUUAUGCCGUCCCCCUGGCGACUGCGUUGUGGGUAUUAGACGGCUGCUAAAAAGCACUGCCACCCUUGUUGAGCUCACACUCUCCCUUUGGCACCAACAUGAGAGACACUUCAGGAUAAGGGAUAUUUUUGAGGCUCUGGCAGCUAACCGAACCGUAAUCAAAUUGACCCUCAAGGAUCUCUUCAUGCGCCCACGGAGGGCAAUGCUUCUCGCUAAGCUCCUAGACUGCAACAGCACACUACAGGACGUGAGCUACUUCACCAUUGAGACGGACAUCCUGGCAUCACCCGCGGGAACCCAGGUUCCCGCGAGGCCACACGUCGAGGCCCUUGUCAAGGUCCUGAAGAAGACGAGGUCCCUCCAUCGCCUCUCUGUAAACUGGCACUUCUCGCUGCAAGAAAUUCGCUGUCUCGCAGAGGCAAUUGGGGACAAGCGGUUGAACCUCCACAUCGGGGAGAGCUCUCUCGACGACCCCGUAUUAUUUUGCGGCAUCCUUAACGACGCACCGGCUAACCACAAGGUGAUAUUUGGAAAGUGCAUAUUCUCUCACGGUGCUGCUGCUGUUGUUUCCGUGCUUUCCGGGUGGAACGACAUGCCAGCCGAUGGAAAGCUGUACUCCGCCUUUCUGCACAACGUUUCCCUCCACGACUUAUGUCGGGUGCUGGUCAGUGACAGUGGUGAUCACAUCAACUGGCUUGAUCUCCAUUUCUGUGCGAGCCUUUCCCCUCAGGCCAGAUCAGCUCUGGCCUUCUACCUUGCAUCUACGGGAAAACUGCGGAGACUCAUGUUGCAGCUCAAAAACAUGCAGAACUUAUCGGCAGCAGUUAUCCAAGGCCUUGCUCAGAACAGCAGCAUCGAGAAUCUCGUCAUAAAUGGUUGCGUCUUUGACGAGAAGACUGCCGAAGCCUUCAGCAGUUGGGUCACUGCCAACCGACGAUUACACUCUCUAGCGGUUUCAUGUUUCGAUCGGAGCGUAGCACUUUUCGUUCAAGCGAUGGCGAGAAUGAUGAACCGCAACUAUGUGCUCACGUUUCUAGACGUGAAGAUCUGUGAUGAUCCCUCAUAUCAACACGUCAGGAACUUCGUAUGGCGUAACCGAGGGCUGCUGCGUUGUGCAGCUGGCUUCUUGUUGGGCUGCGAUAAAAGUCGGCCUGCGGAGGCCUAUGAGCUUCUAGCCGGUCACCCGCGCCUUCCGGAAGAGGUCCGACUAAUGGGCUACCUCAUUAAAGAUGAGCAAAAAAGCACCUUCCUGAAGGCCAAGAAACAUGGUCACAAAAAGUUUUCGUGGAAGAACGGAAUCAUGGGAUGCACGCUUGCCUAACUGCGACAGGCCGCACUCGUAGACAGGAGCUGGUAUGCAGCAGAUUGCAAUGCGACAACGACCAUGGUCUGCCAAGGUCAGCCACUGUAGCUGGAACGACCUCGGCCCCGGCAUAUCGGAGCUCAACGGCUCCUACCUGCACCCUGGACGACGUGUUGAACGGAUGCAAAAG